GAGAAUCUGAUAUGUGAGUGGUGGAAACAGAAGGAAGUUAGUUGUUAUGGGGAAAGGAAGAGCUCCUUGUUGUGAUAAGGACAAAGUGAAGAGAGGUCCAUGGAGUCCCCAAGAGGACUUGAAGCUUAUCACUUUCAUUCAGAAAUAUGGCCAUGAAAACUGGAGAGCUCUCCCUAAGCAUGCUGGGCUACUGAGGUGUGGAAAGAGCUGCCGUUUAAGAUGGAUUAAUUACCUGAGACCCAAUGUCAAAAGAGGGAACUUCAGCAAAGAGGAAGAAGAAACUAUAAUAAGGUUACAUGAGACUUUCGGAAAUAAGUGGUCCAAAAUCGCUUCACAUUUACCAGGAAGAACAGACAAUGAGAUAAAGAAUGUCUGGAACACUCAUUUGAAAAAGAGAUUGGCUUCAAAGGCCUCCUCGUCAUGCUCUUCUGUUACAUUUGUGUCGUCCUAAAAGCUUUGUCAAGUUCUUCAAUCUCUUCCAGUAACUCCAACGUCACCGAUACCAGUCGAGUCGAUGCUUUAAAUCCAGAAAAUCACGGUCGUUCACCGUUCGAUGUCAUAGGAGUUUAUGGUGCAAACAACGCAUCAGAGGAGGUGAACAAGCCGGAUAUCUAUGAUACCGCCGUCGAUAUCCCGUUGGAGUUGGAUUUGGACUUUUGGAACAAGUUGGAUAGCUUAGGAUCAUUCCAGCCCGAUGAGAUUCAAUCAAAUCAAGCUGAAAACAACAAGUGGUUGCAGUACUUGGGAAUCGAACUUGGCCUGGAAGUAACCAGGGAUGAAAACCAGAACAAUUUGUCAAACAAUGCAGCUGAGC